GAUGGACUAAAAGCUGGGUGGAGUUAGGAGCGAGCGCUUUUAGGAAUGGGUCCCAAAGCUAUUUAGUUAGACAGCAGAGUUGCCAAGAAGAGCUGGAAACACCUGAUGGUCUCUUUGGGACAAUCCGCUCCAUAUAACUCUCCUCUUAACUGUCAGAAGAUAAAUCUACCUCCAGGCUUCAUUUUUGUCGAGUUUUUGUUUUGUUUUCUCUUCUGAAAAAAAAAAAAAGUUACAGAGCUAGCUGAUCUCUCUCUCUCUCUCCCUCUCUCUCUCUCUCUCUCUCUCUCUCUCUUCUUUCUUCAUCCAAAGAAUUACUGAUAAGGAGACAUUGCACUACUCUUUUUUUUUUUAAUUGUUCCUAUUUAUUGUAUUUUGCACUAACGAUGCACACCACGCAAAAGGACACAACCUAUACGAAGAUUUUUGUCGGGGGUCUUCCCUACCACACCACGGAUUCAAGUCUCAGGAAAUAUUUUGAGGUGUUCGGUGAGAUUGAAGAAGCGGUGGUGAUUACCGACAGACAGACCGGCAAGUCUAGAGGUUAUGGAUUCGUGACGAUGGCGGAUCGCUCGGCUGCAGACCGGGCCUGUAAGGACCCCAACCCAAUCAUUGACGGCAGGAAGGCCAACGUCAACCUGGCCUACCUGGGCGCCAAGCCUCGGGUGAUGCAGCCAGGUUUUACCUUUGGUGUUCCCCAAAUUCACCCUGCGUUCAUCCAAAGGCCUUAUGGCAUUCCGGCCCACUACGUGUACCCUCAGGCCUUUGUGCAGCCUAGUGUGGUCAUCCCUCAUGUGCAGCCUGCAGCCGCUGCACCUGCCACCGCUUCCUCCCCCUACAUCGACUACACCGGAGCCGCCUACGCGCAGUAUUCUGCAGCGGCAGCCAGUGCUGCCGCUGCUGCAUACGAGCAGUACCCCUACGCUGCCUCCCCUGCAGCCGCAGGCUACGUGGCCACCGCCGGCUACGGCUAUGCAGUCCAGCAGCCUUUAGCCACCGCCGCCCCAGGCUCGGCCGCCGCUGCAGCCGCAGCCUUCGGUCAGUACCAGCCCCAGCAGCUGCAAGCUGACCGCAUGCAAUAGCAGCCACUGCAACCACUGGACAUGCAGAGCGAGGAGGCCCGCCCCCAGCCACAGCUGAUUGGUCAGGAGAGGGAGCAACGGAAAAGGAAGAGGGAGUGGCUUUAAGGGUGGUCGUGCCAGCGACUCAGAGGCAGAGUUGCUUUAAAAAGUGAUGAUGAUGAUGAUGGUGGUGGUAGUGAUGAUGAUGAUGGUGAGGUGGGAACUUUUUACGGUAACUUUCCAACUUGCUGUGCUUCAACCAAAAAAUAAGAAAAUGAAAAAAAUUCGCAGAACAAAUAAUGGAAAGUGAUUUACUAUUAUUGUUGUUGUUAUUACUAUGAUUAUUAUUAUUAUCAUUACUAUUAUCAUUGUAGUAGAGUACUUAUUUCUAGAGAAGAAAGGCAGGAACUAAUCCCUGUGGUUGGUAUAGGUGUUAAACUAAGCCGUUAAGUCCUAUUGCUGUCUUUAACGUUAGUUUAGGAAACUGUUCUCUUUCAGUUAUUUGAUGCCCUCAUAACAUUUAUAUUUAUUAUUGUUAUUAUUACACAUUGAGGGCUCUCCUUGUUCUUUUUGUCUUUUCAAGUGCAUUUUUUGGAGUUAAUAUUUUCUGAUAAUCAGGGAAAUGGAACCGUUUCCAACGUGUUAGCUAUUAUUAUGUGACCUCUGUCAGGAAGUCGAGGAGUUGUAACUCGUUGUGUCACACAUAUUUGAAGAACUACCUUUUUAUCUUCCUGAUGCUGAAUGUCCCUUUUUUUACUCUGUGUCUCGACCUCUUGACCUAUGCAAAGCAAACAAAUCACCAGGAGACAAAAAAAAACAAAAACAAAGAAAAGAAACAAAAAAACUGAAAAUGUCAUCAACUCUGACUUGACUCUUGGACUAAAGAGGGACUUGGCAAACAAAACAAAGGCACUGACAACAGGAGAGAGGUUGAAAAUGGCUUCAGACAAUGAGAAACACUAAAUCGGUCGCUUUUCCACAUGUUUCACUCACACGUACACCGACACAUGCAUCCAGAGUUGCACACAUAGCAGUCAAAGACAAAGGCAGCACAGUCGUGUUUCUCUCUGGCUCUGGGAUGGAGAGAAAGAAAGAAAGAAAGAGGGAGAGAGCAGCUGCUGGUGGGGGUGGACAGAGCCGCUCCAGCGCCACACAGACGGAUCACUCUGGAAAGAACGCAUCACUUGUGCUCGUUUGUUGAGCUGUCACAUUUUAAUCCCCGGCCGGGCCCAUUUGGGAACCAACUUUACACCCCUCCACCCAACACAGAGCCCCACAGCAGAGUCCCCCCCCCCACCCACCCCCCACCACAACCACCACCACCACCACAGUCAUUCAGCCCUGCCACUGUCAGCACUUCCACCUCUGUGCUGCUGCUGUAGUCUGGUGUCAGUGUCAGGUACACACUCACAAACACACACUUUCACCAAAGCCACCCCAACAACUGGCCUGCCUCAUGUGUGUCAAGAACACCAGGUGGGGUGGAGAGGACGGGGGGUUUACUCUUUGACGUUAUGUUGGUCUGUGUGCCUUACAUUUUUACUGCUAUUUAAGAGAAAAAACUGAAAAAGAAGAGAGAAUCUACUAUUUAAGAUAUUUAUUUUGGAGGGUUGACUAUGUUAACGCUCUGAGAGUAGAGACUUAGUGGCGGUACUGUAUUAAUAAUAUUAUUAUGUACUCAUCUCAAGGCAUAUAUAAGUUAUUGAUUAGUUUUAGUAAUAAUAUUAUUAUAAUAAUUAUUAUUAACAUACUCAACCAAAAAUGUUGAUGUAGGACUUAUUUAAGAUACUGUUAUGUGCACUGUACUUUUAUUUUUUAUCUUUUUGAUUCUUUAGAACAUGACAUUAAAUAUUAGCUUAAUGCCUUUUGUAUGGAAGAACUUUAUUUAAAUGCAGGCCUGUUUGCAUGCAGAUUGUACUCUGCCUCUUCUGUGUUUAGACGAAAGGUAAAAAAAUAAUAAUAAUUUUGACAAAAAAAAAAAAAAACAAGCAAAAAUGCUGCUUUCUCCACUAGAAUGUAUAGUCGUCGUCAAGGUUUCAGUAGCUGUGCUUCUUUUGCUUAAUAUUCAUCAGAUGGGCUAUUUUACACUGUUGGGAAUUUUUAUACUUGAACUAUUUCUUACAAGGGAAAUAUGAAAAAUAAAUGACAAAAAAACUUUUUAAGCAAGCUUUUCAUUGUCACUGGAUGAAGGCAUGUAAAGUGUUACUAUUUAAAUGCAAAGGUCCUGUUGGUAUUAAAACCUUUACUUCAGAAUUUCAACUCCAUUUACUCAAAAUUGGAAUAAAAUGUUCUAUAUUUAAAAAGC